AUGAAGAAACAGAAGCUAAGAGGAGUGACAUUAGAUCAGCUUCAGGGCGCGAAACCGAUGAAGAAUGGCAACGUCGUUCUGAAGAUUGGAGAGCAAGAUAUCGAAGUAGAAGAGGUGCUCAUUUAUGGAAUGAUUGUUUCAGUCAUUCCGGAUAAACAGCUGAUCAUCGACAACGAAGGCUUCAAAUGCAAAAUCACCAACCACACCGCCCUCCUUCGCAAAAGCUCUUACACUCCCAAAAAAGACGAUCUGAUCACUGCCGUCGUUUUCAUCAACAAAGCUAACGGGAAAAUGAUCGAAGCCUUCGCCUCGAAAAUCAUGUCCACAAAACUGACUGACGAGCAAUUCAAGUACCUUUGCAAAAAAGCUGCCACCAUCUCUGUAUAG